AAAGCCUGGUUUAGACAAUUUUAUGUAGGAACGAUAAAAUGUUCGCCAGACAAUCGAUAACAGAAAGGAAAAGAAGCGGUUUUCGCUUAUUGGGUAGGAAUUGAAAUGUUUUUACAGGGCCGCGUCGUAGUGGUGUGGUUGUCGUGGCUGGCCGGCGGUGUGUGCGGCGUCAUCAUUUUACUUCUCAUCAUCUGCUACUGCCGCCUCAUGCCGCGCCAUCAAAAAUCCCUUGACGAGCAAUACCUCAAGGAUACCUACACAAUAAAGGAAAACUAUGCUUGCACUAGCCAAGGAAAUCACAGUAGAGUGAAACAUGCAGAAGUGCAAGUUCAACGGCACGCGCGCCCGGUGAGCUUCGCGGGCGAUCACCACGCACACACGCAUUCGCCCCCGCAUUGGCAUCGCGCGCCGCCUGCGCAGCCUGCGCCCGUGCCCGCCGCUGCGCAGCAGUACGCCUCUAGUAGUAUGCUGGACGAGUUAGAGGAGGGCGACAGCACGAGCGGUGCGGAGGCUCUUAAAACUCGCUCGCUGCCAGCCUUCCUGCGCCCGCGGCCGCGCCCUCUCUCCACCGACGCCGACCUGCAUCAGCUCUACGCUAAGGUGAACUUAAGCAAGAAGCACAAGAACCGAAUGCGCAGCGAGCACGCUGCCAUCAUCGCGCUGAGCAAAUCACGCAGCCAGUGCCUCGACGGUGAUGCCGUCAUCGUCUACGACCAGCGCACGCAGCUCUGAGAGCCUUUUCGCCUGCGUUGUUGGGCCUGGUGCAGCAUGUGAGCGCUAUCUAACAUGAAUACUCGUGUUACCGAUUUUUGCGGAUUUACCACAAAUUUUGGGGAAACAAUUAUUUGGGCACUUUUUAUAUAAAUGAUUAAUAAAUUUUCUGAGGUAUAAUUUAUUUUUCACGCAAUAAUUAGAAUCAAAUUUCGAGUAUUUAAAAGUACUCUGUGGCAAUAAUAACACAGUACUCAUGCGCUGUGUAGCUCUCGAGCUGCUCAAAAUCAGGGAAAAUUUUUCGUUUUAACACUACUUCGACAUAUCUUACUAAUUCAACAGUUAAUACCAUAGUUUUUUCUACCUAUAUAGUAGAUUCCCAUACACUUUAGUCUAUGGUUAAUGCCUGCUAAAAAUGUACUCAAUAGAUGGCCGGCCUGGACAUUGUAGGUACUUAUUAUAUCUAUGACUAAAACAAUAAUUAAAUUGACCAUUAUUGUACCCACAAGGUGCUGCUCUUUGAAAUUGAAGUACAGUCAGUGCUUUGAAUUGUUUGUCUGUUGAAGCUUUUAGACGCGUUUAUAAGUAUUACCAUGGACCAAUGACUAGAAGGAUUGUUAAUCGCGAUAUAAGAAAGCAUAGUCGGGUAUUUAGUACCUAUUGGUGGACCAGAAGUAGCGACGGGUACCAACUAGUUGUUUUUGUAACGAAUUUGUGCAAAGCUAUUGUAUGAAAGCUACUCUAAUUUCAAGUGAUAACUAGAGAUGAAACGGAUAUGUGGUAAGUACCCGGUAUCCGGCCUAUCCGGAUAUCGGAUGUUUAAAACUGAAAAAAAUUCAUAAUCAGUACGCCAAAUAAAUACACACGCAAAAUAGGCGCUUUGUCGUCGAGUUGCGGAUACUAGCCCGUUGCACCAAGUACCAAGUAAAUUGAUUUAUUGAUUAAAGGUAACAGAAUACAGUAAACAGCAACUACAGGAUCGUCGACAAUCUGUUUAUUAAUUGAAAUUGAAAGAACUAUGAAGCUAGAUAACGUUAUCUGUAAAUUUAGUACUCAAAUUUCAAUAAAGGUAAAUUAUGGUAGAUGAAGAUCAGUUGUUCUGCAUUAAGUGGUAAGAGUUGGUUCUAUUUAUUUUCAUAAAUGAGACCAGCUUCAGAGGACAGUUUUUCACUAUAAACUCUUACAAACUUUGUUAAAUUUUA